UUUGAAAACUGAUUACAUAUAAUUUUGGUAAGGCUGAUUUAAAAAAAAACUCUAUCCAUUUAUUUGUAUCACGUAGGGUUUCUUAUUUCUAAAAUAAUUUAUUUUUUUAUUCUGUUCUAACAUCCAGCCUGUUCUAUGGCAAGCGGUCCAAGAUUUUCAGGGAAAUAGUUCAAGUGUUAUUGGUCAUUGCAUUUUUAAAAUCCUUGACUUUGCAAUGCUCUUAUCUGUACUUCAACAAUAAUACCAUCUUUAUCUUGACACCAGAUAUGGCUGGAAAUUUCUCGAACAAAUAUUUGAAACACUGUCCAUUUUUGUCUAGGGCUUUAACAAACUGCUUCAUCAAGCCAAGUUUGACGUGAACUGUUUUCGGGUAUCUCUAAAUACAUAUUUGCUACCAGGUGUAAAGCUUGUGAUGAUGAAAAAAAAAUCAUCAGUUAUCAAUUCUCUUGUUUACAGAGCCGCAAAACUAUCUCAGCCCGAGUCACUGAACCCAGAAUUAAACCACCUUAUCUCUGCUCUUCUUCUCUCUAAUAAUUUACACAUUAAAGAUAUUAAGCGUUCCAUCAAAAAAUACACUUCACCACAACCUUCCAAUAGCAAUGAAGCCGAAAGCAAUGUCCUACACUUGCCACUACGAUCCUUCCUUACAUUCAAAACAUCACUGACCACAUAUCAAAAGUUCUAAAGAAGUAUAACGUCAAAACCGGUCCGUCAUUGGAGAAACCGGACGAAAAAUAUCAACUAGGCUCAAAGAACACGAAAGAGCCGUACGACUAAGACAAAUAAACUCAUCAGCUGUUGCCGAACACAAUCGCGAAACCGGACAUAAAAUUUUAUUCGAUAAAACUAAAAUUCUUGCAUGUAAAGUCUUCUACCAACGAAAAAUCCUAGUCUAUAAAAAUCGAUAAGCAACCUGACAACCAGCUCUCUACCUGUCACCAAUAUGGGCAUCAGUCAUCCGAGACGGUGUUUAUGCCCCUCAUUUAACUCCGCCCUCCUCAAACACUCUAUAAGCAGGUACAGAGUAAAAUGCGAGCCAGUUUCAAUCAAGCUCCGAAUAAGCCAACAGGAUGAUUGGCGAAACGUCAGCAAGCAAAAAUCGACGCAGGAGAAAAAUUAAAUGAAGUGAUAGAGCAAAAAUAUGUUUUUUGGAAAAAGGACCCCCAAAAAUAUACAAAUAAGCAAUCAGCUUUCAAACAUAAAAAUCACCGUAGACCUGUGUUACCGAUUAACCUCAACCGUAGGUUUAGCGACUGGGGAUCCAGCGGAAGACGCGUGGCCUGUGCGGUACUUUGCACAGACCGGGUUUGAACUAUUCUGUGCUCAAUCGUUUUCGAUUAAUUUCGGACUGGCUGACGAGCGGGUCGGAAAUUUGACUGUGAUACUGAAGUGCGUCAAGAAAAUCGCCGCUGUACGAUCUCAGUUCGACUGUAUCGUCAGGAGUAUUUAUUUCAGCCCUCCCAGUCGUGGGGCAAGGAUAAUCUCGUACAUUUUGCAAGAGGACCAUCUACGUCAUCAAUGGAAAGAGAACCUCCAAAUUUUGGCGGCGAGACUUUCGUUUGUACGUAGGCGGCUACGGGAGGAAUUGGAAGAGAUGGAGGCGCCGGGAAAAUGGACUCACAUAACAGAUCAAGUUGGACUAUUUUGUUACACGGGAUUGAACGAGUGCCAUGUCAAACACCUGAUCAAGCACCACCACAUCUAUAUGUACAAGAGCGGAGCGCUCGCCGUCACCGGUUUAACAUUGAACAAUGUCAAAUACAUCGCCAACGGGAUAAAGGAAACACUAUUGUCGAUACGAUAACGAAUAAAUAAUCA